CUCAGGCAGGAGCAAGAGGCCCCUGGAGUCGCUGGAACUGGGAGCUUUGGAGCAUUAACGGUAACGAUGACCCCCCUGCUUCUGCUUUGUGUGUCCUUGCCCUUCAUCUCGGCAACAGUAUUGUUUGAGCUUAAAAACCAUGAUGACUUGGAUGGCACAAUGCGUGUCAGCAUCCCUAUGGAGAUGCCUCUCCAUCCUCUGCUGGGCAGCAAGGUAGUGGUACCAUGUUACUUCCAGGACAACACAGUCAAUGAUACCGGAGCCCCGACCGUCGCCCCGCUCUCCCACCGCAUCAAAUGGACCUACGUCACCAAGGAGAAAGUCACCACGAUCCUGGUGGCGUCAGAGGGAAAAGUUCAAGUGGAGACAGAGUAUUUAGACAGAGUGACGAUGAUCAACUACCCGCUGGUGCCCACUGAUGCAACCAUCGAGAUAACAGAGCUGAGGUCCAAAGAUUCUGGCACCUACCGCUGCGAGGUGAUGCACGGCAUUGAGGACAACUAUGACUCUGUGGACAUCCAGGUUCAGGGUAUUGUGUUCCACUACCGAGCCAUCUCCACCCGCUACACCCUGACGUUCGAGAAGGCAAAGGCCGCCUGCAUCCAAAACAGUGCCACCAUUGCCACUCCAGCCCAGCUGCAGGCUGCUUACGAUGACGGAUACCACCAGUGUGAUGCUGGAUGGCUCUCGGAUCAGACUGUCAGGUACCCCAUCCAUGAGCCGCGGGAACGUUGCUUUGGAGACAAGGAGGACUUCCCUGGCGUGAGAACCUAUGGCGUGAGAGAUGUCAAUGAGACCUACGACGUGUACUGUUUUGCUGAGAAGCUGUCAGGCAGGGUCUUCUACUCCAUGUCUGUAGAGAAGUUUACCUUCUAUGAAGCAGGAGAUCAGUGUGCCAAACUCGGUGCCCGACUCGCUACCACCGGAGAGCUAUACCUGGCCUGGAAGGCUGGCAUGGAUGUGUGUAAUGCUGGCUGGCUGGCGGACAGGAGCGUACGCUACCCUAUCAACAUCGCCAGGCCUCAGUGUGGAGGGGGGCUUCUGGGAGUAAGAACUGUCUACCUGUUCCCCAACCAGACAGGAUACCCCUACCCAGACUCUCGCUACGAUGCUGUCUGCUUCCAAGCUGGUGAGGAUGCCGACGCCGUUCCCAUGAGGACCACUCCUUUUCCAGACAUAAUCCCCAUGACACCCGCCCCUGGGAUGUACCCAAGCUUCACCCCGACACCUGGGGGAGAGGAGAUCAAGCGUGGAGAAGUCGCCGUCUCCCUACUGCCCGUCCCGCCCAGUAUGACAGACUUAGAUUCUGCCAUGGCUCCCACAGGUGUGGUGUUCCACUACCGACCCAUCACCGGUCGGUACACUCUGACUUUUGUGGAGGCUCAGCAGGCCUGCCAGAGUGUCGGGGCGGUCAUCGCCAGCCCCCAGCAGCUGCAAGCAGCUUUCGAGAAAGGCCUGCACCAAUGUGAUGCUGGCUGGCUCCGCGACCAGACUGUCAGGUAUCCCAUCGUGUCACCCAGAGAUAACUGUGCAGGUAAUCUGCCACAACUCAAAGGAGUCAGAUCCUACGGCCUGAGACCAGCUAGCGAACAUUACGAUGUUUUUUGUUAUGUGGAACGUCUGCGAGGUGAGGUCUUCUUCACCAGUGACUAUGACAGCUUCUCCUUUGAGGAGGCUGUGCAGCACUGUCAGAAACUCAACACCACCUUGGCCACCACUGGGCAGCUGUUCGCUGCCUGGAACCAAGGGUUUGACAAGUGCCGUCCAGGCUGGCUGAUGGACCGUAGUGUCCGCUACCCCAUUACAACUCCCAGGUCACACUGUGGAGGUGGUCAGGUUGGGGUUCACAUGAUCUAUGCCUACCCCAACCAGACAGGAUUUCCUGAUGAGCAUUCACGUUAUGAUGCUUACUGUUUCAAAGCUGAAAUUCCCGUUGUUGACGUUGAACAUGAAACCAGUGUGACUCUGACGAUGACGGUGGAUGUUAUCAACAAGACAACAGUCACAGUUGAUCAAUUUGCUCCUACAGUUGAAACUACUGUGCACUACAAUGAAACUGAAACCAGUGCGAAUAUUACUGAAAUAGAGGAUUUUAUCAACAAGACAACCAUCACAACUCAUGAAGUUGCUCCCACUGUGAGACCCCUUUUACCUCCAGUCUCUGUUGAUGUGUCUGGCUCUGGUUCAGCUGAUCAUUCAGCCAGUGGGGAGAGCUCAGGGGAGUCUGGCACCUCCGGUACCAUUGUUGAGGUCUCCGGUUCAGGACAGAACGUCAUCUUCAGCGGACGCACUGACAUCUUCUCCGGAGAUCACUCUGCCUCUGGAGGUCUGCAGGAGGCAGAAGGGGGAAGUGCUGUCAUUGUCACAUCUGGAGAACUGGGUAGUGCAUCUGGAUCUGGGGAGGGGUUAGACGGACAACAAUCUGGCUUCAUUGUAUCGGGAUCAGGUUUUACUAGUGGAAGUGGGGACAUCAGUGGUAGCAGUGGUGACUUGAUCAUCAUGGUGGAUGGGAAGAUGGAGGAGGUGUCGAAACCUUAUCAAAAACCCACUGAGCAGGAGUUAGGCCAGGGAGGCAUUGAUACCAGUGGGGCAUUCUUGGAAUCAAGUACGUCCGGAUCUGGAAGUAUGUCCGGGUCAGGCUCGGGUGGAUCUUCUGGCAUCUCAUUUGUCGACCACAGUACCGUUGAUCUGACAGUCCAGCCAUCCGGUGAGCAGGAGGUGUCUGGAUAUCGCCCCUUUGGAUCUGGGGUCCACAGCGGCUUUCCCAGUGGUUUUCCAUCUGGUGUCUCAGGCAGCGGCUCUGCCUCUGGGGACUAUAUGCUGCAUCGUGGUGAUGUCAUUUACCGAACAGACAAUGACAUGAUUGAAGUUACCGAACUGCCACAGGUACGCCACCCUGAGCAGAGACAGGGGGUGGUGGAGGUAAGCGGGGAAGGAAGUGGGUCAGGGCACCAUCAUGAAUUUAGUGCCACUUUGGACCAAAGCUUGCAUCUCUCAGGAAGUGGAGCCCCUAAUGAAAAACCAUCUGCUAAGAAGAUUUAUGUCGCCCUACCCCCUGGAAUGACUCCUACAGUUUAUGCAGUGACUCCAGACGCAGCCUACACCAGCCCAACCACAGCACCGUCGUUGUCAUUAGCAACCCCUUCUGCAGUGGAGCAACCUGAAGUAGUGGAAGCCUCUGCAGACCCCUGUGAUCCAAACCCCUGCGGUUCAGGAUCCUGCUCUGUGCAGGAAGAGCUCGCUGUGUGUCAGUGUCCUACUGGUUUCACUGGUGAAGCCUGCUCAACACCUGUGCAGGGCUGUGCCGAGGGCUGGUUGGAGUUCAAGGGAAGCUGUUACCUCCACUUUUCGGAGAGAAACACCUGGUCUGAGGCUGAGCAACGCUGCCAGGAGGUCAACGCCCACCUGGUCAGCAUUGGCUCCCAAGAGGAGCAGCAGUUUGUCAAUUCCAAUGGCCAGGAUUACCAGUGGAUUGGACUUAAUGACAAAGAUGUGCAGAAUGAGUUCCGCUGGACAGACAGCAGUCCUCUGACCUUUGAGAACUGGAGGCCCAACCAGCCAGAUAACUACUUCAACUCUGAGGAGGAUUGUGUGGUGAUGAUCUGGCAUGAGGGCGGACAGUGGAAUGACGUGCCUUGCAACUACCAUCUUCCCUUCACCUGCAAGACUGGACCUGCCAUGUGCCGAGCUCCUCCUGAGGUGGAACACGGUCGGCCAAUGGGCAGCGGCAGAGAGCGCUACCCCGUCGACUCUAUAGUCCGCUACCAGUGUGACGCAGGCUACACACAGCGCCACCUGCCCGUCAUACGCUGCAUGCCAGACGGACAGUGGGAGAAGCCACAAGUGGAAUGUACAGAAGCCGGUGCCAACAGCAACAGGCUACACAAAAGAUCCCUCAGGAGAAGAAGUAAAGGGGUCAGCAGCGAACAGGAACAGAGGAAGCUGCUCUGAGCAGGAAUGAAAAGGACAUACAACAGAGAGCCACAAAGGACCCCCCUCUUGUAAAGAAGCAUGGACACCAAUGCAAAUGCCCGACCAAAAAGAUAACUUUCCCUACCAUGUGUAUACACACACACACACACACACACUAAAGCACAUUUAGACAAUGAUAAUGUAAUUGACUGAUGUUUUGGAUCUUUGAGUGUCACCCUGCACCUUCUGAAGGCAGUUUUUUCUAUGUAUUUGUACUGUCUAAUUUAUAGCUGUGAUCUAGUAUUUGAAAGCAUUUUUUCAAUGCACAUGAUGACAUUUUCUGCAAUCAGUUGCCAGCACUGCACACAAAGUAAGGUAGAUAAAAUGGUCAAAUAGUGAUAUAGAGGCUUAAGAGUGACACACAAAGUCCAAAACAGCCCAUUAAAAUAAACGUGUUUUCGAUUGCAGCUGGAUUCUCUGAAGUCAAACACAUUGUUACAUAGACUAUUGCUAUAUUUUUAGGGUAUUUUUCUAGAUCUGUGUUUCAUAGUAGUUUUUUUCUUCUUUUAUUUGGUCUCGAAGGACUACAAUUGUGUGCUUCAGACUGGUGAAACAAUACUGUUUCUUACAUUAUAGGCAAAGACUGAAUCUCAAACCUUUUUGGUUGUGACCCCUGAAAAUACAGCAAUGCGUACAUGUUACAUCUCCUAACCUACAAUAUAAGAAUGGAAAAGUUAGGUUUUGUUUUAUUUGAAUUAUCAGAGGAGGCCUACAAAAAUCUAGCCUGGAAAUCUAGACCCAUAUCUGAAAGAUUAAGGGUCUGGCAUUGAGUAAUGAAAAUGGCCCAACUCGAGGGGCGGCACUAAGCAUGCAUUUGAAAAUCUCACUGCACACAAUUGGAUAACACUACGACCAAUCACAACUAAGCCCCAUAAGCCCCAUAUGCUUAGCUACCAGCGGAGCUAACUGGUAGAUUAAACUGUCGUCAUCUGUUUAGCUCGCCUCUGGGCCGCCUAUAUCAGAUACACCGAUGUAAUUGGUGCAACUCGGCUACAAGGGCAUAGUUAAUGAGCAUCAUCACUCAAUGCCAGAGUGACUCGCUGAGCAAAUUAAAAUUGUGCUCUUGCGAGAACUCUGGAUUUCCAGGGUAACAAAAAUCCAGAAUUGCAUAAAAACCCCAAUCUGAGUAAAAGCAAGGGGUAAAAGACAUGCCGAUACAUUGGUGAUACGCCAUCUUUCAAGACCGCAACCUCAAGUUUGAGAGCUACUGUGCAAAAACAUUGCCACAGUUUCAGAUAUACUGAAAUGAUUGUGCUGUUCCAAUUGAUGAUGAAUAUAGAAAUCCAAGUUCAAGACGUGAUUAAAGUCACUGCAACAGACCUGGAUUGAAAUAAUCAGCACUCAUGCACUUUUGGGAGUCUUCAGUCACUUCUGUGCUAAUCAUUUGAAUCCAGUGCACCUUAAAGACACAAAAAAACAAACGUCAUCUGUAGCCGACACAUUUCAAGCAACGGAAUAACCAGUGAGAUUUACAGUAUGGCGCUGAAUUGGCUGAUGGCUUUUCUGCCAGGACCAGGUUGCAAAAGAUCCACACCCAGUUUUGCAUUUUGCGACUUCUCAAGAGUAAUCAAUUUCUUCUGUCAGCACUGUCUGAUAUAAGAAUAAUGCUUUUAUGUGAUUCGGUGUUUGCUGAAUGAAUGAGUUUCUCACUGUAAAUAUUCUACCAUUCUCUGAACAGCAGGAUCUGUCAACAACUCACGCAGAGCAGACAAUUUAAUUGUUUGAUUGAUUCAUAAUCAACCUGUUUGUUGAUUUGUUAGUUGUAUUAGCUGGUAAGUUGCAGUUAUGAGCUACUUAUCAAGUGGGCAUGACUUUUGAUAGCCAGCUGAACAUAAAGUCUCAGACAUCUUCACGAAGGUUUCUGGCUUUGGUAAUAUGACAGGGUCUUUAAACAGAAAUGUACUUCUUAAAACUUGAGGAAUUUCACACUUUUAGGGAAAAGAAGCUGUGAAAGCAGUAAAAAUGAUUAUGAAAUAUGAUGAGAAAGAAGAUGGAGAAGGUUGAGGUGGAGGUUAUAAAAUGUUGACCAUGGCCUUUUAAAAGGUCAAGAUUUGUUUUUCAACUCUGAAAGCAGAUAUUUGAGUCCGUAUCUGACUUCUCACGGAACAACCACACACACACACACACACACACACACACACA